CUUGGGCAAUGGCUGGCGUAGGGAAGUGGAUGGUCAGUUCUGAGGGAUGGAGGAAGAUGCAGAGGGCAUCCUUCCAGGCACAGAAGCCUUGCUGGCUUUGAGGGGCAGCACAUGAACAGACUGGAGAUGUUUGCCCUCAUCUUGAAUGUGCUUCUCUGCUUCCCCUGUGCCCAUGCUAUCUGGGCGUGUGUCCGCACCUGUCCCACUGGCUGCACCUGCACUCGCGAGCGCAGCUGCUCCGUGCUGUGUGACAGGACGGGCCUCCUGCAGAUCCCCAGCGAAUUCCCCUGUGAAGCCUCCUUCAUCAACCUGGACAAGAACGGCAUCAAAUUCCUGGCAGAGCGGGCCUUUGGGACCCUGCCCUCCCUCCGACACCUGUCUCUGAGUCACAACAAUAUUUCCUUUAUCACUCCAGGGGCCUUCAAGGGGCUGCCUAACCUAGUAGAGCUAAGGAUUGCCUAUAACGAGGACAUCCGCUACCUGCACACGAGGACUUUCGCUGCCCUCCGAAGCCUGGUCAGGCUGGACUUGGCAGGCUGCAACCUGUUCAGUAUACCUGACCGCAUCUUUGUGGACCUCCCUGCCCUGCGGGAGCUCUCCUGCUUCCAGAACCACUUCCGUAGGGUGCCUGGGGCCGUCAGGGGGAUGGAGAACCUGACCCAUCUCUAUCUGGAGCGAAACUGGAUCGAGGCCAUCGCCUACAACUCGCUGCAGGGCCUGGGCCGCCUGCGCUCUCUGAGUCUGCAAGACAACAGGAUCAGCGCGGUGCACGCGGGGGCGUUCCAGGACUGCCGCAAGAUGGAGCACCUCUACCUGAACGACAACCUCCUCCGCGGCCUGCCGGGGAGCUCCUUUGAGGGCCUGGGCCACCUGAAGAUGCUCAACCUGGGGGGCAACUCCCUGAGCCACGUGUCUAGGGCCUGGUUCCGUGACCUGGUGGAGUUGGAGGUGCUCUACCUGGACAGGAACAGGAUACGGUACAUUGAAGAAGGGGCCUUCGAGAACCUCACCAGCCUCGUGGCGCUGCAUCUCAACAGCAACAACCUCACCUUGCUGCCCUUCUCCGUCUUCCAGCCGGUCUACUUCCUGGGCCGUCUGUACUUGUUUCGGAACCCUUGGCACUGCGACUGCCAGAUGGAGUGGCUCAAGGAAUGGAUGGAGAGCUACGGUCUCGUCAGGGACGUCACCUGCACCUCCCCAUCCUCUGUGGCUGGCGGAGACUUGAGCACUGUUGACUUUCACCGAUCCCAGGAGGGCCUCUGCCUGGACCCCGAGGAACUGAACUUCACCACCCCCAGCGAGGCCCCUUCGGAGGGGCCUCCUUCGGCCACUGAGAGCAAGUUUAGCAGCCUCAUCUCCAAGCUCCUGUCCCCGAGGGCUCCACCUGAGGAAGCGGCCAAUGACACUGAGGCCCUGGUCAACAGCUCUCUGCUGGACAGCCUCUCCUCAGGCCUGGAAGGAAGGUGGGGAAACAAGGCCUUGUCAUUUUGGGCCUCUCUUCACCUAUUUCUCUGUGACAUGGUGACAAGACUCAAUGUGGAAUGAGUUCACAAGGCAUCGUGGGAAAGCAGAUCAUUAGGUCUUAGUCCUCAGUUUGCCUUAGGCUGGGCCUACUCUCAAGAAGCAGUUCCAUGCUUUCCAGAGGUCACCUUUUGAGUGAAGCUAUCUAUGAAAGCUGGGAAAUCAGUGCGUGUCCCAUGACCUUGAAGAGGUAGGAAAAAGAGGGCAAGAUUCUGGACCAAGACAGGAGGGAUGGGCAAGAAAAGACAUAUUCUUUCUGCUAACAUUAUAUACCUUCUUGGUCCUAAGGAUAGGCUGCCCUUCUAAAAUGAGAUGUAAGGGAAGGGAAAGAGAAAGGCAUAGUUUGAAAAACUUUAAAUAAAACUUUACAUGCAUUUGUAGGUUCUUUCAUGUUUUAAUUGGAGAGACAACUUGACAGAACAUAAACAACCCUGGAGUGUUCUCAAGGAACCAGAAAAACCAGGGUUUGGGUCCCAGAACCAACGAAAGUAGUGCUAACAGCUUUGGGGCCUUGUAGCCAAGAAUGAGAGGCAGUCAAGGAAGAAAUAAGGCAUUCAGGGUCUAGAUCACCAUCUGUGAUUAAAAAACCAAAAUCAAACCCAAAUUAUUAAUUUUGUGUAGUCACUAUUUCCUCAUCUCUGUAAAGGGCUAUACAAUUAUUAUUUUUUUAAGGCAAUUGGGG